AUGCUGCCGCCGCACGACCGCCUCGCCAUCGCCAGGUUUCUGAACCAAGAUGACAGGAAGCGGGCGCUCGUCAGUCGUCUGCUGCAGUACUCGCUCGUGCGCCACGUCCUCCGCAUUCCGUUUCGCCACACCACCAUAUGCCGCACGCCUCAGGGGAAACCAUACCGUAUAUAUACACAGUCUGAGUCUGUCAAAUUAUCAUUCAUACAGAUCACACCUGGACUGGACCGAUUUAUUAUCUUCUUGCACAAGGAAAAUGGGUAUUGUUCAACUUUCCCAAACUUCGACUUCAACACCUCGCAUCAGGGAGACUACAUCGGCAUAGCGUCAGAGCCGCUUUGCCUUGUUGGCCUGGACAUUGCAUCCGUCUCCAAGCCCCAGGGAGAAACCACCACCGAGUUCGUCAGCAACUUCUCUUCAUACCUCUCUGACCAUGAGUGGGACUGCAUUGCUCGUGCUGGCACUCCCACUCAAGUGCUGACAGAGUUCUACAGGUACUGGUGUCUUAAAGAAGCUUUUGUUAAAGCAAUAGGUGCUGGCGUUGGAUUUGGGUUGCAUAGACUGGAAUUCCACCAUGAACACUGGACUAAUAUUUCUAUCCAUGUUGAUGGAGAUUUGACUAAGAAAUGGAGAUUCUGGAUUUUCAAGCUUGAUGAAAUGCAUUUGGCAUCAAUAGCAAAAGGGCAUCCAGAGGAUGCUGUAAGCAGCUACAAGGAAACAUUGUCCAAUGCAAUCGUUGCGGAGGAGCAAUUACAUUCUACACUAGAAAGUCCAGAAGAAGCUUUCACUUUGUGGACAGAGGAACAGCUUACACAAUCACUGGAGUAG